GCCGUGGACAGGAGGGGCGGAGGCUUGCGUCGUUAAUUAGAUGACAUGUGAGCUGUUUCCAAGGUAACGACAACCAAAGCAAAUCGUAAAGAAGGAAGUAGCGUCGCAAAGUCACGGCUGGGACACGGGUCGAAGAGCACAACAAAAACAAAAAUCUGGUCUUUGACUGUGCUGUAGCGCUCGGUGUUUUCACAGGGGCCACGCUGAGGGAGACAGCAGAGAAUCCUUUAUUGACUCAGACUAACCGCUACAGGCCUACGGAUGGACUUCGCCUUCCCCGCAGUUUAACUGGCAGAGUGAAAACGGGCAAACUGGAGCUUCACAGAAGAUUUUCUGCCACAAUGGCAAACAAACCAAAAAUAUCCAAAAGCGAGCUGGAGAGAGAUUCGGGUUUCUCAGAUGCUAGUUCUGGAUAUUUCAGUGCUAUGGAGUUUGAAGACUGCCACAGAAGUUCUGCUGCAGAAAACAUGCGGUCAAGUACACUGGCACCUGCAGUGCCUGGGUCUUACCAAGAUGUCUCUCCUGUUGUCAAAAUGAACAGUUUCAUUGUCAAGCAGCCCAGUCCUGUGACUCCAGCACUAAAACCAUGGGGUUUCAACACAUCACUAGAAGUGGUUCCUAGGUCAUCAGUGGUUCUUCUCCAGCCAGUAGUACCCAGCAGCAACUGCACCUCUCAAGCUCCUACCGACCAGCAAAGACAAUCCAAAAAUUAUUUUCCUAUCCUAAACUCAUUUCUGAAAAUUGCUCCCUACCCAGUCAAUGGAGCUACAGGAUACCUCAGACAGAGCUCUAUCCACAAGAGCAGUUCAGGCCACAGCCGUUCAGGAAGACGUCGCCAUAAUUAUAAGCAGUCUCGUGCUCUUUCUCUGAAGAAGAGCUUCUCUGAAACUACCGCUGUUGGAAGUCAUUCCGGUGAUCUCUGUAUGUACAGUCAUAGUUCUGAAAAUAUGGAUUCUUCAGCAAAGCUCCCUGACCUUAAGGAGACCAAUGCCACGACCACUCCGUUCUCUGACAGUUCUCCACUUUCUGACACAUUUCCCAAAAGAGCAUAUGUUUCCAGUGAUGACGAUAAGAACUUUCCGGUGUCUCUCUCUCCAAGCUGCAGUAAACGCAAGCGCUUCUGCAACACAUAUAACAUUCUGAACCAGUCAGGGUUACUGGGGAUCACAAUGCGUACAAAGGAGCUAAUUCGUCAGAAUAAGCGUUCCCAGGCUCAGCUUCAGAAGUUGCAGGCUCAUACGGACCUCUUUCUGGAGGCAAUGAGCAGCAGAGACCCUCAAAUUUGGGCCAAGCUGCAGCUCACCCUCCAGAGCCCUACCUCUGAGGAGUCAAAGGAGGACACAGUAGUAAGUACAGGGUUAGAUGGCACAGCUAUUGGCUGUGUGUAGUCAUCAAUGUAAACAGAUGUUGUCAUAUUUUCAAAUUGUACAAGACAUUGUCUGCAAACACUUGGGCAAUACAGAGUUUUGAAGUACAAGUUAUAUUUAAAGCUUAAAGCUUAUAGAGACCUAUAGAGCAUCUUAUUUGGUAAAGACGGUGCAUGUUUGAGUCAUACUGUCUAUUUUGUGAGCACAACUAGCAGCAUUAUAAUGAUGGCAAAACAUAAUCUAAACAUGCUGUUGAUUGGUCAUAUGGCAGUGUGGCAUUUUGCAAGUCAUGAACUGAAGCCAACUCAUCCCAUCAUUUCAUAAUGAUCCUGUCUUUUACUGCAAUAGGUGACUGCAAUUAUAAUUUGCCACACCUGUACUGGAAAACAUGCAUAAGGAUUUACAAACAUUUAACUGGCCUUGUUUCUCCAUCUUAUUGUUCUACUGUGUAGAUUUUGUACUUCCUUUUUGUGUAGGGCUUGAUUAUGUUUCUAAAUAAUCAUUCUAAAUAAUCAUUUCUGUCAGUGCUGUUCAUGCGGUGAUCAUACAGUCUUUGUUUAUGUAAGUGCUACCUUUUACUUUUGAAUGUGUUUUGGUAGAAAGAGGAACAAAUAUAGACAUAUAAAUUUAUAUUUACAUAUAAAAUAGUAAAUGGACAGCAGUUGGAUGAAUAUUUAUCUAACAUGAAUAAUGAUGAUAAUAAGAAGUAAAGGCCUUGAGUUUCAGUUUAAGGACCUGAAUUAUUGUUUUGUUUUUUUGGAAUAUUUAUUUAUUUUUAAUUAUUAUUUUUUUACCGAUACAUGUAUUAUCUACAUAACAUCGCCUUUUUCAUUUGUUUUUUUUAUUAUUAUUUUUGCUACUUCUGCUUCUCAGUUUAUUUAAUACAAGCCUUGAUUGUGUGCCUGUAUGUUAGCACCUUCAUUUUGUGCCCGCCUUCACAAAGUAUCAUUUUUAAAAAUGUUAAUAAAUUAGACUUGAGGCAAAAAUACUAAA